AUGAAUAUUCGGCCAUUAAAGAAAGGAAGAAGAGAAAAGCGUUUUUUGGUUCGUUUGGUGUUGCAGAGAACUGAGAGCGGCUGUGGCUGUAGUCAUUGAAUCUUCUCUCUCAAGCCAUUAAAGUUCUUCCAAAAGCAAAGCCAGUAUAGAGAUUGGAGAUUUUGAUUUUAAUUUUAAUUUUUUUCUUCUUUUUUGUUUGAGGAUUCUGUGAUCUUUUCUCUGUUUGCGUCUUGUUGAAGCUAAUCGAUCUCGCGGUUUGGGAGUUCUUUUUGUUUUUGAUCUCUUUUUUGCAGGUUUCCGCCAUUAAUAUAGAGAGCUUGCUGUUGCUCUAAUGUCGGAGGAGAAGAAGCAGAGGGAUUUGAGGAUGCGGAUGAGAAGCUAUGUUGUGAUUUUGUUGUGUUUGGUGCAAUGCUGUUGGUUUUCGGAUGCGAUUGUGGAUCCGAUUGAUUUUUUGGCUCUGCAAUCGAUACGGAAGGGUUUGGAGGAUUUGCCGGGUUCUAAUUUCUUCGCGUCUUGGGAUUUCACGGCUGAUCCUUGUAAUUUCGCUGGUGUUUUCUGUGAUUCUGAUAAGGUCGUUGCCCUAAACCUAGGGGAUCCUCGUGCUGGUUCGCCUGGUUUGGUUGGCCGGAUCGAUCCUGCCAUUGGCAAGCUCUCAGCACUCACGGAGUUCACCAUUGUUCCUGGUCGAGUCUUUGGAGCUCUGCCAGAGUCUCUCUUCCAACUGAAGAACCUCCGUUUUCUCGCUAUCAGUCGGAACUUCAUCGCUGGUACUCUCCCGGCGAAUCUCGGCGAGCUUCGGAGUUUGAGGACUCUGGACCUCAGUUACAAUCAACUCACCGGAGAAAUUCCUCGAUCUAUUGGAACGAUCACGGAGUUAUCCAAUGUCAUCCUCUGCCAUAAUCGCCUCACAGGUUCAGUCCCUAUGUUUCCGUUCCGUAGCCUUAAUCGUCUUGAUCUGAAGCACAACAAUCUCACCGGGCCUCUUAUCCCGGACUCUCUUCCGCCUUCUCUCAACUACCUCUCUCUCUCAUGGAACCGCCUCAACGGCCCCGUCUUCCGCCUCCUCAGCCGCCUCGACCAGUUGAACUACCUCGACCUCAGCAUGAACCAGUUCACCGGAACCAUUCCAACUCAGAUCUUCAGUUUCCCGAUCGUCAACCUCCAGUUGCAACGGAACCUCUUCACCGGCCCGAUCCAGCCGGUUGAUCAGGUGGCGAUCCCGACUGUCGAUCUCAGCUACAACCGUUUCUCAGGUCCAGUAUCGGCAAUGUUUUCCUCCGUGCAGAAUCUUUACCUGAACAACAACCGCUUCACCGGUGAAGUUCCAAACAGCCUUGUGGAUCGAUUGUUGGCUGCGAAUAUUCAAACUCUGUAUCUGCAGCACAAUUUUCUGACCGGAAUCGAGAUCAAUCCGACGGCGGAGAUUCCUCUGAGUAGCUCCUUAUGUUUGCAGUACAAUUGUAUGGUGCCACCAAUACAGACGCCGUGCCCAGAGAAGGCCGGCAAACAGAAAACCAGGCCGACGGAGCAGUGCGGCGAGUGGAGAGGGUGAAAUCUGGAAAUUCACAUACUACAUCAGGGGCAUAAGUGGAAGAAAGUAAGUAAAGGUGAAAAAAGAAAAUGAUUUUUUAAAAUUAUAAAUUACAUAGUUUUGGAUAAUUAAUUAAUGAAUGUACACAAAUCUCGGAGGGGGAGUGGUGUUUUUUUUACUUUUAAAUAUUCGUUUAUUUGUUUGUGUUUAGGCUCAAAAAUAAGAAAACUUCUUAUUUAUGUAAUUGUUUUUGGAGGAAACCUAUGAAUGUUUCUCCAAUUAUAUGUAUAAAUUUUGAUUUAUUUUAUUAUUA